GUGGUGUGGACGUGGUUGAUUGGUGGUGGUGGAUGUGUUGAUGAUUGCGGUGGUGGUGGAGUCGGCGGGAGUAAUGGUGAAGGUGAUGGCAGUGUUGGCUGUGUUUUUGGUGCCGUUUGUGAUUGAUGGUGGACGUGGUGACGGCGGUAGCGAUGAUGGUUGUAGUGAGUUGGUGGAAGUUGUGGAUGUUAAUCUCGGUUGUGGUUGGUGGUGGUAACGGCGAUGUUUGGUUUGGUUUGGUUGCGCGCGUGGUGGUGAUGGUGAUGAUGAGAACAAUUAAGCUCGGUGGUUAUGGAAGAGUUGAUUAAUGUAGGCGACGGUGAUGCAUGUGGUGGCUGAUGUGAUGCAGAGGAUGGGGCUCGCCCCUCUUGGCAGUGAUAACGGUUAGAGAUGCUGAAUUGUUGUGUAGGUGACAGUGAUAAUAGAGUGGUGGCAAUGGCAAUAAUGAUUAAUGUGGUAUGCCUCAUGGUGGUUGAGAUAGUGUUGAAGAAGCUCAUUCAGACUUGUCCGUCUUAAUGCCUGACUACUGAGACGAAUUCACGCUGAGAAGAAGAGUUCUUUAGUGAUGGAUGCACCAUGACCAUGAUGGUGGUGAUAACGGGAUGGAUGCAGAUGGCUCCACUACAGAUGCUUCCCAGCUGGGGAUCACGGGGGAUUACAUCGGAGGAGGACACUACGUGCUCCAGUCCAGCGAUGGUGAUGCUGAGGGUAGCCUGGCGAGUGGUGAUCACGAUGAGAGCUGUGGAUCGAAAGACCCGUAUCGCGAGCAGGACAUCUACCUGCCGAUAGCUAACGUGGCCCGGAUCAUGAAGACCUCCAUCCCAUCCUCUGGGAAGAUUGCAAAGGACGCCAAGGAGUGUGUGCAGGAGUGCGUGAGCGAAUUCAUCAGCUUCAUCACGUCGGAAGCGAGCGAACGCUGCCACCAGGAGAAACGCAAGACGAUCAAUGGGGAGGACAUCCUCUUCGCCAUGUCCACCCUUGGCUUCGACAGCUACGUCGAGCCGCUCAAGCAGUAUCUUCAAAAGUACCGUGAGGUAUCAAUGAAGGGUGAGAAAGGAAUCAAUGCGACUGUGGUGACCACAACAGAUGCCAUACCCGAAGAGCUCACAGAGGAAUCUUUCUCGGGUCCCCUUGCCACUAGCAUAAUUACCGCAGACGGACAGCAACAGAAUGUGAUGGUCUACACAACGGCGUACCAACAGAUCCCGGGAGUACAGCCAAUACAGUUUACUUGAGUUGGAGGCUGAUGAGCCAGCACAGUGGACGUGUGGUAGGAAAUAUACCAGAUGUUGUUGCUGCGUGCCCAAGAAAACUGGACAAAAUCCCAUUUCAGGCUCGAAUUGUAUUUUACAGCUGUUGGUAUAACAUUCACUGUGUUAAAUUGAAACCAUGUAUAUUUUUUUUAAUGUACAUUAUUGAUAUUAACCAUUCUCGUACUGCCAGUUUUUCUAUGCAGAGGAAAACAAUGUAAAGUUGUUGGAAAAUUCAGCAGCUGUUUUAUAUUUUAUUUACUUGAGCUGCACUGAAACCAUUUCCUUUCACAUCACAGUUAAUGGUAUCUUGAUGAAAGUUACAACGUUUUUGCAUGAACAUCACUGCUGGUCGAGGUCACCAUGUGUAUAAAUUGUGGUUUAUAAUAACUUUAAUAUCAAUCAGUUUAUAAUUAGUGUAUUUUAUCUUGUAGGUAUGGGCUUCUAAAAUGACAUAAAUUUAUUAUCGAUGGUGCAAAACCUUUUAUAUACUGAUACAUUGAAAUAAUCUGUGCUCUUGGCUACAAAAGUGAAAAAAUAACUUUCUUAAAUGUUAUUGUCUGAAAAGUUUUCACAUGUGCAAAAAUCGAGAAAAUAUAAAUGUAAUUGAGCAUACUGCUGACCGAAGUUCUUUGCAACACGUGGUCAUUGAAGUGUUACAUCUAAUUGAGUAGCUUGUUACAAGGGUACUUUUAUUUGUUGCCAAGGUACCUUUUUAUAGUCCUGAAUUCUGCUAUGCAGACCACUAGUAUUUCUGAAAUGAAUUUUUUUUUAGUCCUUUGUAUAAUUUCUCCGGUGUUAAAACCUGUAGCAAGUGUUUAUAUGUUUAUUUUGUUCCAAUCCUGGACAUUCCUGUUCUAUUUUUCUGUUAUAAUAAAUGUUUGUUUACUUUG